AUGGAUCCGAGUGGUUUGAAUGACGAAGCCUGCAUCAAUCUUCUUCUGGACACUUUGAAAGAUCACAAAUCAAUCAAGCAUCUUAGUUUGCACAUUCGAAAUAUUCGACCAACUGAUCAAAAAGAAACCUCUUUAAUGAAAUCAUUACAAGAACAUGGAUUUAUUUCACGUCUUUGUAUAUCGUCAUCACUUAUCUCACGUGAAUUCACAGAAGCACUUAUUUAUGCUUCAAAAGAGCAGAGUACGUUAACUUAUUUGGAGUUUUAUAAUUGCAAAGUGAAAACAGAUGAUAAAGCAGAAAUGCAAUCGCUAUAUGAUAAUGGAAGUUUACCUCACCUGGCCUUCUAUUCAGAGCCACGUUGGAAUGUGUUAUUAAAAGAAACAAAUGGAUCGUUAAAUAGAGGUAAGAGAAGUAGCAUCUUCACCGACAAUGGUAGUUCCAAUUUUCUGCAGCUAGUCACUUUAGCCUGA